GAUGGAAGCAGUUUGGGUGAGGAGUCUGGAAAACAGACUCUUGUGCCCUUCCUCCUCUGCAUCCGCCUCGGUAGUGAAAACAUUCUCCGUAGUUGUCUCGUCGACAGACCGGAGAAACGCAGUACCACUAUCCGUCCACCGGAUUCUGCUGCUGGGGCCGGUGACUACCAUCCUCCCGGUGCUCCCCAUCUUGCUCCUCGUUCACCCCCCUUGUCCUCAACCUCCGCCUCUUCGCCAUCCCCCACUACCUUCCUUGCUGCGGGGCUUGAUACGCCUACAUAUGAGCUCCAGCUGGAGUAUUGGGCCCUCAACGCACCAGCUUCGGGCUCCGUCGUGGGAGGUUACUAUGGAGGCGGAGGAGGAGGAGGAGGCUCGUCUUCUCUAGUUCACUCCCUCAGUUUAGACGAUCGUGGUGGAAGUGUUAGCGGUGGCAGUAUUGUUAACAGUGGUGGAUGCAGUGGCAGUGGUAGCGGUAGUGGCGGUAACAUAGAUGGUAAGGCUGUACCGAGGCCCGUCACCUUCAAGGCUGUCUGCAGGUCUAUGUUAGUUGGCCUAACCAGCAAUCCCCUCUGCGCACCCGUCCCAGUACUGCAGAAACCUUCCGCUCUUCUCAGUCUUGGAAUGAUUACGCGCGAAAAGAAGCCAAAAAUUAUGCGAAUCGGCAAGAAGACAAGCAAAGAGGUAACCUUCAAAUCUGAUCUGAUUGAGGGAGUAACUCGACUGAUUUGCACCUGCAAAGGUACCAUUCCCCAUGUUUCCUCGGUAGUGGAGACAGCAGAAGCGGGUCUGAGUCUAGCACCGAUCGGUCGGUGCUCAGAAAUAGCGUCCCUGCCUCCUUCAUCUCCAAUGCAUCAUCAACAAUCUCUGCCUCCACCCCACCUCGCGGCAGGUGAACUGGUAACAACAGUAGCGGAGGGCACCUCGUCCCGUUACUCUUCCACCUCUUUCUCAGUCCGAGACGACCUUUCCUGUGGUCUUGCCAUUCCUGGACAGUCGGCCUCUUCUUCAGGUGAUCACGUCUUUGUUCGAAUAUCGAUAGACGGUGUGGACUGGCCAACCUCGCGGUUCUUCCAGGUUGCGCCGGGUUGGCGCACCCACGUGAAGGUCUUCCCUCUGGUCUGCAUGUCACCCCUCCCUUCCAGUCCAGCGUUUGCAUUGCCCCUUGCCAAGGUCAUGGGGGGGCUCUCCGGCCACGCUCCGCCUGCCCCUCCGCUUCUCUUUUCUGCCACUUCUGUUACUGCGUCGGCCUCGCCACAAGCACCGGCACUAGCGCCCUCCUGA